GCCUGUCUCUUUAAAUGCAAAUGAGACACAGGCAAUCCACCCACUUAUUCUGGUAGGUGUGCCGACGUUGGCACGCUCACGCUACCAUGACAACAGUUGAACGUGAACCCUGGGAGAAACAUGGCAGCUGGAAGAAACUUUUCGGUCCAACCUUAUAUGUUUGAACCAGAGUCAGACCCUGAACAAGAAGGAGCUAGCGAAGAAGUUGUUCAAUGUAGACUGCAACAAGACGUUUCUGAAUGGUGUACUUGUGAGAAUUGCACAGCAAUGCCUACAGAGCCAGAGAAUGUCUGCUGCAGGGAGAUACCACAGGUGAUAAGAAGACUUCAAAACCCACCUUCCUGCAUGGUAGACCACCCUGGCCUCGAACCAGUGUGUUUAAAUGCAUUCUCACUGCAGAAGGAACUAAAUAUCUACAGAGCAGACUAUGUGCGUUUACAUCUGAGGGGAAUAGAACAUGCGGGUUGGAUGCAAACACUGGGGGAAAACAGGAUCUUCGUGGGUGUGGAUGUCCUGGACGUGGUUCAGAAUGGACAUCCACUUUGCUGGCACCGAUGUAGAGGAAGCAGCCGUGUCAAAUGGGAGGAUCCAUAUUGGUUUAAGUUAGUUCACGAGGGUCAGUCAAAAUCACAAGCUCACAGUCAGACCUCUGAAGUCACAGUGUACAAAAUCAACCACCAGGAGGGGUUUAAAAUAGAGUACUCACUGACCAUUGUGGACACUCCAGGUUUUGGAGAUACGAGAGGCAUAGAGAGAGAUAAAGAGAUCACAGAACAGCUGCGUGAUCUCUUCUCUGCUGAGCUUGGUGUCAGUGAAAUUGAUGCUGUGUGUUUUGUAGCUCAGGCUACUUCAGCACAACUCACACCAUCACAGAAAUAUGAGAUUGAUUCAGUUCUCUCAAUCUUUGAUAAAGAUGUGGCAGAAAACAUCAGGGUUCUGGUGACAUUCGCAGACGGCCAGCGUCCACCAGUUCUAGAGGCAAUCAAUGCUGCAGGUGUCCCAUGUCCAAAAACAAAAGACGGGCUGCCAGUUCACUUCAAAUUCAAUAAUUCAGCUUUGUUUGCAGACAAUAAAUCAGCAGCAGACAGCAUGAGUGAGGAUGAGGAAGAUGGAGGCUUUGAUCAGAUGUUUUGGAACAUUGGAACAAAAAGCCUGAAGAGGUUCUUUAAUGCUUUGAAUGUCACAGAAACCAAAAGUGUGACAAUGAAGAAGAAAGUCCUCAAAGAAAGGGUGAGGUUCGAGAGCUCAAUUCUCUCCAAUGAAGUAGUUAUUUCUGGUACUAGGAAUUACCUCAACACCUGUCAGCAGUGUAAAUUCAUCUGUCAUAGUUCUUGUCGAAUACCCAAUGACAAAAUACAAUGCUGGGCAAUAGGAUCAAAUGGACGCUGUACUCAGUGCCCUGGCAAAUGUUACUGGGAUAAACAUUUUUGUCAGAAGUACAUAUGGGAGAGUGAGGAAGAACACAUCGUGAAAAAGCUGAAAAAUCAUGACUAAAGUAGGAGAGAAACUCCUCCAGUCCAUCUACUGACUUCCAGCACUGUAACCAAAGCCAAACAAAGAAUAAAGCCAGCCACGACAACAAGACUAAAACCAAGAGACCAAGACUAGAACAACAGACACCAGUAAAAACCAGGACAACACUGAGAAGGAUGCCAUCCAAGACAAAACAGAUUAAUACUGCAGAUAAAGAUAAGGCAGAGACUGAUACCAAACAAGACAAGACUGAGCCCAAUUCUGAUAUAGACCAAGAUGGGACUGAGCCAGAUGCCAUCAGUGUUUGAUAGGAAACCAAGACUGACUCUAAUUUGAACAAAGACUAAGCCAGUGAGCUUGAUACUAACCCAGACCGAGACAAUAUCUGUUCUGAUAUCAACACAGACCAGGACUACUACCUAGCAGGACUAAGAGCCUGUUUAAACCUGGUAUUAACAUGUGUCUUGAGUGAUCUGAUAAUAAGUGGACAGGUUUAAGUAGGGAAGGGGAUUGUUCAUUUUUAUUGAUGUUGAUACUUUUUUCGAGGCUGCUUAGCGAUCCGAGUCUUUAUCGCUACCACUAUCGAUACUUUUCUAUUAAUUUGGUGAAAAGACAAGAUCAUAACAAAUUCUAAAAAUAACUUGUAUAGCUUUUAUUCCUUAAUUUCAGUUGACAGGCAAUUCAAUUGAAUUCCAAAACUAUUUUUGAAUUAAACAAUCGAUGUAUGUCUGUGCAUCAGUGAUUUGAUUUAAAUGACUCUGGUCUCUCCAGACUGAAGUGAUAGAUUAAUUAAGAAAUCGCAUCUUCUAUCAAUUAUUCCAUCGAUUAAUCACAUAAAUACUCAUGCUUUAUUAAACUACCAACAGUUAUUAUAAAAAUGCUUAAUGUUGGGAAAAUAGGUUCAAUAUUUUCAAAAGGAGGCGGAGAAGAAAAUCACAGAAUAUGAAACUAUCAAAUUAUCUGUCAUUUGUAUGGAUACAGUACAGCUAGUGUUAGUUGGUGAUCAACGUCUCCAUUACACUGUCCAGGGAAUCUGUUCUGUCAAUUCUGUCAGAAGGAGCAAGUGUGCUCCCCCUUCAUCUUUAUAGUCAUGCUAAUUUGGGCUAAACAAAGUUUAUUUGACUCUGUAGGUAAUUUAUGACACAUCAUCCCAUUACAGCCAGAAACAAAAUACAUUUAGCACACAUUUAAGCACACAAGAAGCUUUGGUUUCCAGGAAGACAUCUAAUGACACUUGAGUCCUAUGGUGACAGAUCCAGCUUAGUCUCCUGGGCCCAAGUUAAUACUGGAAUAGAAGUCAGGUGAUAUUCCUGUGAAGAAUUAUAGUCCACAGGGACCAGAGCAGGAAACGGAGAUUAGAAAUUUUGUGAUUUUGAAUCAAAGAACUGAUGUGAAAGAGCUGCUUCUGAUGAAGAAAUUAUGAUGUAUUUUUAAAUGUUUUUGUUGAUUUAAAAAAAAAAAGUUGCUGUUGAAGUUGCAACUAAUAUACAUUGUUCAAUUCAAACUGUCUUUUACACAGAUCUAUGGUGUGUUUUUUUAUUUACACAUGUUUUUGAAAAUCAGGAAAAUUAUGUAAAUAGUGACUACUGACAUAAAAGCUGUUGAUGUGUAUUUAUUUAUUCUUUUCCCCCUGUAGUUAACUUAAGUGACUGACUGAUUUAUGGAGAAAUGACUGAAAUAUAAACAAUAAAAUUAACAUUUUGUUCCACCCUUGAGUUUUAGUUUUUGCUCUAUAUAUAUCUAUGCUCAAUAAAUGGUUUAAUUAUUUCUUA